ACACGCACUCAGCGGUUAGCAACGGACAAGUUCGCAGCAGUUUCAAACGUUUGGCAGAUGUUUGUUACUAACUGCAUCAAGUCUUACAACCCGGGCCAGCACAUCACUGUCGACGAGCAACUUUUUCCAACCAAGUCUCGCUGUCCUUUCCAGCAGUACAUUGCCUCAAAACCUGACAAGUUUGGGAUCAAGUUCUGGGUUGCAUGUGACUUGAAAUCAAAAUACAUGUGCAAUGCUAUCCCUUAUCUUGGAAAGGACCACAGUCGUCCCUCUGGGGAGAGACUGUCCGAGAAUGUGGUAAUGAAGCUGAUGGAGCCUUUCAUGGACAAGGGAAGAACUGUUACCACUGACAAUUACUUUACAUCAUUGUCACUCGCUGGACGACUGCUCAGCCGGAAAACUACUCUUGUUGGCACCAUAAACAAGAUUCGCGAGCUUCCACAAUCAGCAAAAGAAUCUUCGGACCGCAACGAAUUCACCACACAGGUGUUUUCAACCACUGGCACCACACUCACAGUUUAUGCGCCCAAGAGGAAGAAGACCGUCUGUAUCCUCAGCACCAUGCACAACAUAGUUGAGAUUGGGGAUAACCGAAAGAGGAAGCCAAACACAGUCACUGAUUACAACACCAUGAAAUGCGGCGUGGACAUUAUGGACCAGAAGGUUCGACAGUACACCGUAAGCGCAGGAACACGGCGAUGGCCAGUCGCCGUGUUUUACAACAUGAUCGACAUGGCAGUGAUGAAUGCUCACGUGCUGUAUCAGGCAUGCACCGGAGUGAAGGAGAGAAGGGUGGACUUCAUGGCGCAGCUUGCAACUGAGCUUGCUAAGCGGUUUAUGCAAGAAAGGAUGGUGGACAAGGAGCAGCUGCUUUUGCAACAACCUGCCACACCACACCCAGGGAAAAGGGCCAAGUGUCAGGUGACCGUCCAGUGCAAGAAAAAUAAUGCAACCUUGCGCUGUGUGGACUGCUACAAGUACACCUGUGGGAAAUGCAAGAAGGAGACUGACUGGCAGUGCCAGAUAUGUGCCAACAGAUCACAUCAAUGAACUGAUAAAAUACUGGUCACUCCCACACACACACACACACACACAUACACAAAUACCAGAUGUUGCACAUUUAUGUAAAUGUA